UGAGAUGUCCAGCAACAUUCAUCUAGAAGACAUUUUUCCCGCACUCAAUGCACUUAAUACAACCUCCAGGGUGUGUGGGACCCCUGAUGUACAGGAAGACAUGGACUUUAGUUAGGAACAUUUCCUCACUCAGCACAGGAAAGUUGGCUUCUCCUACGUGUGAGAUCUCUGAUGUCUGUAAAGAUUGGAUGACCUGUGAAAAACAUUUCCCGCACUAAGGACAGGAAUAUGGCAUCUCCCCCGUGUGAGAUCUCUGCAUGUUUAUGAAGAUUGGACUUCUUUGAAAAACACUUUCCCGCACACAGGACAGGAAUACGGCUUCUCCCCCAGUUGACAUCUCUGAUGUCUGUAAAGAUGGGACUUAGCUUGAAAAAAACAUUUUC